AUGGCUAAACAACCCACUGCGCAGACCACUCGCAACAUCACAACCACCGCAUCAAAAGUCACCAAGACUUCCACAAGCAAGAUGCCCAAAGCCACAGGAAAAGCCACCAAAUCUAAGGGCCGCGGUGCCGAAAAGAAAAAGAAGGACCCGAACGCUCCCAAGCGCGGUCUCUCCGCCUACAUGUUCUUCGCCAACGAACAGCGUGAGACCGUUCGCGAGGAGAACCCUGGCAUUAGCUUUGGCCAGGUUGGCAAGGUGCUCGGUGACAAAUGGAAAGCACUGAGCGACAAGCAACGCGAGCCGUACGAGAAGAAGGCUGCCGCCGACAAGAAGCGUUAUGAGGACGAAAAGGCGAAAUACAACGCUGCCGAUGACGAUGAUGACGAGGACUAA